CCAUUGCCCACCUAAAAUCAGUAUUCGAUAACACAAAACUAUUUUGAGGUGUCCAAAUCGAAGUUAUGUUUAUAGCAACACAAGUUGAGUUUAUUUUGUGGUAAAUGUGUAAUAAGGACGUUAGUUUGAGUAAAUCUUUGUCUUGGCUCCUGCGACACGGGGCCGUUAAAGAAGGCUUACGAAUAAGUCCUGAAGGAUACAUAGAAGUUAAUCAAAUAUUGCAGCACAAGAAUUUCCGAGGGAAGUACAAUCAGUUGGAUAUUGAGAGGGUGGUUGCCAGCAAUGAUAAACAGAGGUUCAAAUUAAGAGUCAAUUCAAAUACGCAUGCAUUGGAAAUUAAAGCCAACCAGGGCCAUACUCUAACAGUAUCUGAUGCCGAACUAAUUCCUAUACUGCAGCCCAUAUACAGCACAGUAAUUCAUGGAACAUAUUUAAAAUGUUGGCCAACGAUUAAAGUCAGUGGCCUGCAUCGCAUGCGCCGCAACACAUACACCUGGCUAAAGGCACUAUCGGCGACAGCGCUGUGAUCAGUGGCUUGAGAGAAAGCGCACAGGUGUACAUCUACAUUGAUCUCCCUAAAGCCCUGGCUGAUGGAUUAAAGUUUUAUGAAUCAGAGAAUGGAGUAAUACUCACUGCUGGUGACCAAA